AUGACCAUCGCCUCGAGUCAUGCAGAGGACACCUGCCUAAAAAACCGCCUCUCAUCCGACGAGCCCGAAGCAAAGCUUCCACGCGAUCCUAAGAACGAAAAUGAAGCCGUAGAGAUCAAGAAACCGUCGGCUUCCGCCGACACCCCCUCUUCCCCCUCCGCAGACGCCACGCACGAAGAAGAACGGGAGACAUACCCCGAAGGCGGCCUGCAGGCAUGGCUCGUCGUAUUCGGCUCCUUUUGCGCCAUGGGCGCCAUCUUUGGGCUCGUUAACUCGGCCGGCGUAUUCGAGUCGUACUUCCAACGCAACCAGCUCAGCAACUAUAGCCAUGCGAACAUUGGAUGGAUUUUCAGCUUGUACCUCUUCCUCGUAUUCUUCAUCGGGGUUCAGGUCGGGCCUGUCUUUGAUACCUACGGACCCCGGGCUUUGGUUGCCGCUGGAAGUUUGGUAACUGUUACGAGUUUGAUGCUGCUGAGUCUUUCAAAGUCAUACUACCAGAUCAUGUUAACCUAUUCCGUCCUGGGUGGCAUCGGUGGCGCUCUCCUCAAUGCCCCAGCCUACGGUGCCGUCGCGCACUUCUUCAACGAACGGCGGGGUCUAGCCACCGGCAUCGCAUCAACAGCUGGCGGUAUCGGUGGGAUCGUCUUCCCCCUCCUGCUUCAAUUCCUCCUCGGCGACAACGGCGUGGGUUUCCCCUGGGCCUGUCGGAUCCUCGGCUUCAUCUUCCUCGGUCUCUGCGUGCCGGCCAACUUAUUCAUCUGCAGCCGACUUCCUCCCAAACUCGGUCCUGAUGGGCGCCCCAAGGUGCAGUCGGUCUGGCCGGAUUUUACCAUCUUUCGAGAUCGGGGUUUCGCCAUGGCUACACUGGCCAUCUUCUUCAUGGAAUGGGGCCUCUUCGUGCCGUUGACCUACAUCGUGUCGUACGCGGUCGCACACGGCCAUUCCGAGUCCGACAGCUCCAAGUUGUUGUCCGUCCUGAACGCUGGCUCGGUCGUAGGUCGGUUCCUCCCAGGCCUCUUGGCCGACAAGUUCGGCCGGUUCAACAUCAUCAUCCUCACCAACGCAAUGUGCGCUGUUAGCGCCUUUGCUCUCUGGCUACCCUCGGCGCAUUCUGGAGCCGUCUUGAUCGUGUUUUGCGUCUUCUUCGGGUUCGUGAGUGGGAGCAACCUCGGUUUGUACCCUGUCUGUCUGGGCCAGUUUUGCGAGUCACAGGCGUACGGUCGGUAUUUCGCCACGGCGUCUAUGAUGGCGAGCUUUGGGACGCUGACGAGCCUGCCCAUCGGUGGAUCUCUACUCGGACUUGGGGGUGCGCGGGGAUGGAACGCGUUGAUUGCCUUUUCUGGCUCUGCUUACCUUGGUGCCUUGGCUUGCUAUAUCUCUGCGAGGGUCGGUGUGGUUGGGUGGGAUGUUAGAAGGAAGUUCUAA